AUGGAGGAUCUAAAUGGUGACUAUUUCUCAUUGCUAGUUGACGAAUCUUGUGAUGUGUCACGUAAGGAGCAAAUGGCAAUUGUUUUGCGAUAUGUUGAUAGAUGGGGAUCUGUGGUAGAACGCUUUAUUGGGAUUGUUCAUGUUCGUAAUACUAGUGCUCUAUGUUUAAAGGAAGCAAUUGUUAACUACCUUGCUCAACAUUCUUUGAGUUUAUCUAAUAUACGUGGACAAUGCUAUGAUGGAGCAAGCAAUAUGCAAGGGCGUCUAAGUGGCCUUAAAAUUUUGAUUCAACAGGAAAGUAGAUCAGCUCAUGCGAUUCAUUGUUUUGCUCAUCAACUUCAAUUGACUCUUGUCGGGGUAUCUAAAAAAUGUCUUCCAGUUGGAGAACUUGUAUUGUUGGUUUCUAAUGUCUUAAAUGUAGUAGGAGGUUCUUUUAAACGCAUGGAUGAACUUCGAGAAUCUCAAGCAGAAAAAGUUCAAGAGGCACUAGAUAUGGGCGAGGUUGAAACUGGUAAGGGCUUGAAUCAAGAGCUUGGUCUUGCUAGAGCUGCUGAUACUCGUUGGGGUUCACACUACAAAUCAUUUAAGAACUUCAUUAGUAUGUUUGGCUCUAUUACUGAUGUUCUUGAUACUAUUGUUGUUGAUUCCGAAUGUGUUGAAGAUAGUUGUAAGGCAACAGGAUAUCUUAGAGUUUGUCAAACAUUUGAAAUCGCAUUCAUAUUGCACUUAAUGAGAGAUAUUUUGGCGAUUACAAAUGAGCUUAAUGAAUCCUUACAAAAGAAAGAACAAGAUAUUGCAAAUGCCAUGUUACUUGUUAAAGUAGCAAAGAAACGAUUGCAAGAUCUGAGAGAGGAAGGAUGGGAUCCACUUAUCGAGAAUGUGUCCGCAUUUUGUGUCAAGUAUGAUAUCUUGAUACCUAAUUUUGAUGAGUUCUAUAUUAAUUUUGGAAGAUCUCGACGUAAAGUUGCGGAGCAUACUUUCUCACAUCACUAUCAUGUCGAUAUAUUUUUUAAGAUUAUUGAUUGGCAACUUCAAGAACUCAAUGAUCGUUUUAAUGAGGAGAGAACGGAUUUGCUUAUUGGAGUUGCUUGCUUGAAUCCAGUUGACUCAUUUUCUAGUUUUGACAUCAAUAAAAUAUUGAGAAUGGCUGAAUUAUAUCCUGAUGAUUUUGGUGAAGAUAUAAUGGUUACUCUUAAAAAUCAGCUUGAGACUUAUAUCGUUGAUGUCCGUGAUGUUGAUGAAAGGUUCUCCAACUUGAAAGGUCUUGGUGAUCUUUCUAAAGAGCUAGUUAAGGCAAAGAAACAUUUAAAUUAUCCCUUUGUGUUUCGCCUUGUAAAAUUUGCAUUGCUCCUACCGGUCGCCACCGCUACAGUUGAAAGAGCUUUUUCGGCGAUGAAGUUGAUAAAGAGUGAAUUGCGAAAUCGAAUGGAUGACGACUUCAUGAGCGGUUGUAUGGUGCCUUAUGUAGAAAAAAAUUUAUUUAAGACCGUUUCUGAUGAAAGUAUUAUGAAUUGGUUUCAAAAAAUGAAAACUCGUAGAGUACAAUUCUAUCUGUUUGGAAGUGGAGAGCCUGCUAACAAUUCUCAGACUACUUGCAACCAGGAAAAGGCUCCAACUAAUGAUCGUGCCCCAAAGCCAGCUGGUUCAACUAUAAUGGAGGCAUCCUAUUUGAUGGACAAACAAGGAAGGAAGAAUCUGCUGCUCAUAAGCUUUAUUAGAAUGAUUGCUCUAUCAUGA